UUCAAUUCAAACACUUGGAGCUAUGGGCGAGGAGAGAUUCGGAAAAGAAGGGGAAUUAGAAAAAGUUAUGACUGUUAUCCCAGAGCCGGGGAGUCAGGGCGAAGCUCGGGUGGAACAUACAGCUGCUGGGGAGGAGGACAAGUCUAAAAAUGGACCAGGGGAGGACACGAAGGAGAACAGAGACAGCACCCGAGCGGCAGAGAGCCAACAGGACAGGAGUCUUCACAUGACGUGCCAGCAGGAGUCUGAUGAUAGGCAAGUGUCUGCGCAGCAGUCCACAUGCGAGACCGACGAUGAGGAGAUCGCGAGGAGAGCCCGGGAGGAGGGUCGCGUGGACGUGCUAUUUCCAGGGAGCGUGACACAAGAUGGCUGUUGCAGAUUUGUCUGUGAGCUUCUUAAAUGUGUCCUUUACCAGAGACAACAGUUGCCCAUGACGUAUGACCAGAUGGUCUUCUUCCAAAAGCAGCAGCUCGCUAACACUCAGUUGGAGGAAGGAGUCGUUAGGAAAUCCAUCAAAUCAGGACACUGCCAGCGGACACUGCGAGACCUGGAUGAGGUGCUUGGUCACUUGGAGGUGCUCUUCUCUCUCAGUUACGUCCCCCGUGUGCUCUUCAUGCUCGGAAGCUCUGGGAUUCUUCCCACAGAGGUUUACGAGAUCAACAUGGAGGCUUUGGUGCAGGGAGGCAGUGACAGGAGUUUGAGAACUUCCCUGUGUUUGAGGCGGCUGUUUCGCACCCUUUUCGUUGCGGAUUUGCUUUCUGACGUUAAGCCAGUCCGCCUUACAGGCACCACGGUCAUGGCGCUUGCUCAUCGGGACUGUGGCGUAGAAUGGUUCAAGCCUAAAGUUGAUUUCAGACUUCCCGCAAAGGUAAAGAGGCAGGUGAUAGUGUUAGCCAGUGAUGGGUCUGAAAGUGGCCAAAGGAAACCUGACAUUACAGACUGUGAUGAUUAUAUCUGGUUUCAAACCCCUGUGACUAUUAAGGGUUUCAAUAAAUGACAGGACUAAAGCCAGGUAAUAUCAUGGUGCUAAAAUUUCAGGGAUUGAUGGAUUCCACCUGAUGGAAAAUCUCAACCGACUCAGUUUUAUGUUUCAGGAAUUGAAAUUUAAUAAAAUGUCAUGCACUCACAUACGGUUGUUAAGCAGUUACUGUCAACUUUAAUGUGUGUGCCUACUUACAUUGUACUUACAUUUUAUUAAGGAAAAACAUAUCUUUAUUAUGGCAGAAAAUAGAUUUACAAUGUCUGUUAACUCUCUGAGAGAGCAGUCAAAAUGUGUGAUCAACGUAACAUGUCUAAAUUAUAUGACCAUCUGAAGUUUUACUUUUAUACCAUGUAGUUUUAUUUUACCCAAGGUAACAUGUGCAACUAUUCUAUUAAAGUAUGUUUUAUGAUAAA